GUGUCAAUUGAUUGUUUGUUGUUGAAGUCAUAUCCUGCAUCUAGGAACCCUCAGAGAACAUUCACACAGCAUUCACUCCAUGCAGCAGAGGCACUCGGACAGGACAAGAUGUCUGGAGAGAUCUUUUCCCCUCUGGAUAAUCUCUAUGACCUGGACAGUGCCAACUGCCAUCCUCUGGUGUGCCAUUUGUGCCAAGAACAGUAUGAGCAUCCAUGUUUACUGGACUGUUACCACACGUUCUGUGCCAGCUGCCUGCGUGGAAGGGCCGUGGACAGCCGACUGACUUGCCCUCUCUGUGGACAUCAGUCUGUUGUGAAAGGAAUAAAUGCACUCCCCCCAGAGGAUCGACUCCUGAAGUUCUUGGUGGACAGUUCAGCAGACAGUGAGGAAACCGUGCAGUGUGCUAACUGUGAUUUGGAGUGCAAGAAACAGGAUGUGGAUGCAAUGUAUUAUUGCAACACUUGUUGCCAGCCACUGUGUCGAGACUGCAGGGAAACCACCCACAAAGCCAAGAUGUUUUCCUGCCACGAGAUUGUCUCCUUGGCAAAGCGCACCAAAGAAGCCCACAAAAAAUGUGCCCUCCAUGAGGAACUCUACAUCAUGUUUUCUACAGAGAAAAAGUCCAUGCUCUGCAUCAACUGCUUCAGAGACAUGCAAGUGGAGAGCAGAGCACACUGCAUUGAUAUUGAGACAGCAUAUAUACAAGGCUGUGAAAAAUUGGACCAAGCCGUCUUAGCUGUUAAGGAGCUUCAGACGUCAGCGCGAGAAGCCAUUAUUCUUUUUAAAGCCAUGAUUGGAGAGGUCAGGGUCAACGUGGAUGAAGAAGAGAGCGCCAUCUGCACUCUGUUCAAUAAUAUGCAGGAAAGACUAGCAGAAAGAAAAAAGAUUCUACUCAAGGCAGCACGAAGUCAGCAUGAGGAGAAGGAGAGAGCCUUCAAAGAGCAGUUAUCUCAUCUUGCAACACUCCUGCCAACUCUUCAGGUUCAUCUUGUCACAUGUUCUGCCUUCCUAAGCUCAGCAAAUAAGUUUGAGUUCUUAGACAUGGGAUAUCAAUUAAUGGAGAGACUAAAGAAGAUUGUGAAACUACCACACAGGCUGAGACCAGUACAGAGCAGUAAGAUAAACACAGAGUAUCGCUCCGAGUUUGCUCGCUGCCUGGAGCCGCUCUUGCUGUUGGGGCAGCGGCGUUCAGUGUCCACUGCAGGGAGUGUGGCUUUAGGUCUGGGAAACGCCAGUGGAUUGAUGCAAUCAUCUCUGUCAGUGCAGUGUCACUCUCCAGCCAUGAGCGACAUGUCACUGUGCUCCUCGGUGGUGCGCAGGCCGACCUCACACCGUUACAUAAGCACCAAGGUCCUGCUGGCGGAGGGUGGAGAGACGCCUUUUAUGGAGCACUGCUGCAACUACGAGAACAGCUACAGGACUUUACAGACAGAAAUCCAGAAGCUCAAAGACCAGGUGCAGGAGAUUCACAGAGACCUGACCAAGCACCACUCACUCACCAAACCCGACACCAUGAAUGAGAUUUUGGAGAGGUCUGUUCAGGUGGACAGACAGAUCUCAGCAGAGUACUCCUCAGUCGAGCUCAUGCGUGCCAUGUUCGAGGAGAUUUGGGAGGAGACGUUACAGAGGGUGGCAAAUGAACAGGAGAUAUAUGAAGCACAACUUCAUGACCUGCUUCAGUUAAAACAGGAGAACUCCUAUUUGACCACUAUUUCCAGCCAAAUAGGCCCCUACAUUCGCUCCAUAGCAAAAGUGAAAGAGCGUCUGGAGCCCAGGUACUGGAGCUUGAUUAAUGAGCCGUCCUGUAACACUGAGGACAACUGGACUCUAAACAGCCUAUCAGAAGAGACCAAUCCCAAGAACAAAGAUUACUACAGGCCAAACAAGCAGAAGAACACCACUGAUACAGCCAAUCGCAAAGAGAUACCAAUCUGA